UAUCACGUCUCCGUGAUACAUUGCGACUAAUAAGCACCAGCUGCGACGCAGCUCCGUCCGACCUUGAUCCAACCUGACUCCCAACUCCGCUCGAGUCAAUCCCACCACCCCCAUCGUUUUCCGCACUGAUAGUCCUUCUUGCAUCUUUAAACCCUCGCGCUACAGCUUCGCGACCACAUUUCUAAUCACCAGCACAUCACCAUGCCCGUCGAACUGCGCAAGCGCAAGACGCCUCCCCCAGCGCCCGUCCGCCCAGCCAAGAAGAAGGCCGCGCCCAAGACCUCCAAAGCCGCAAAGGACGCGAAGCCCGAGGAGACGGUCGUCGACAAGGCGAAGAACGCCGUGACCGAGACAGUCGAAGCCGUCAAGGAAGCCGUCACGGGCAAUGGCGAAAGCACCAGCGCGACCCCCAAAGUCGGCGACACCAUCACCCUGACCAACUUCGGCGGCGAAGUCGAGACGCACACGGGCACGAAGACGACCCUGGCGAAGCUCGUCGAGCAAAGCAAGAGCGGCGUCGUGCUCUUCACGUACCCCAAGGCCUCGACUCCAGGCUGCACCAAGCAAGUCUGCUUCUUCCGCGACUCCUACACUCCGCUCACCGCAACCGGCUUCGACAUCUACGGCCUCAGCAACGACUCCCCCAAAUCAAACACCACCUUCGCAACAAAGCAAAACCUGCCCUACCCUCUCCUCUGCGACCCCUCGCGCACCCUCAUCUCCGCCAUCGGCCUCAAGGGCGCCAAAGGCACCACUCGCGGCAUCUUCAUCGUCGAUAAGGAGGGCAAGGUCUUGGCCGCGGAGCCCGGCAGCCCGGAGGGCACCGUCGAAGUUGCGAGGAAGAUCCUCGUGAAGGAGAUGGAAGGGGAGGAGGGUGAAGGGGAGAAGAAGGAGGAGCAGGCGACGACGGCGGAGGAGAAGAAGGAGGUUGCCGAGACGGCGGCUGAGGUAGCUGAUACGGCGGAGAAGUUGGACGAGGGCAAAGCGUAGGUUUUCGAGGUUAGGGGCUCUGGGUCAAUUCCAGUGUCGACUGGAUAAGCGCGAUGCCCUA